AUGGUUGUGAACCAUCAAUUUUGGAAAGAUGUAGUUGGGCUUGCCUUUAUUGGAGAAAGGCCUAUUGCCCUGAGCCUUUCUAUAUUCACAAAAAAAGGUACAACGAUUCUGAGUGCUAUCAAGAACACAGUUGACAAAGACACCGAGGUGGUCUACAAGGAGAACCCAAGUUUAGAGUAUGUAAAGUCAAACAACUUUUCCUAUGCCAUUGUGGCAGUUGGAGAGACACCAUAUGCUGAAACAAAUGGUGAUAGCAUGAAUUUGACAAUCUCUGGAAAAGGGGCAGACACCAUAAACAAUGUGUGUGGAGGAGUCAAAUGUGUGACUGUGAUCAUCUCUGGUCGUCCUGUGGUUAUACAGCCAUAUGUUGAUGUGAUGGAAGCACUUGUUGCUGCAUGGCUUCCAGGUUCUGAGGGACAUGGUGUCACUGACGUGUUGUUUGGUGACUAUGGUUUCAGUGGCAAGCUUCCAAGGACAUGGUUCAAAACCGUUGAUCAGUUGCCAAUGAAUGUUGGAGAUUCUCACUAUGACCCCCUUUACCCAUUUGGAUUUGGGCUUGAAACCAAACCCCACAAAGCCAAUUAGGAACUAAAAAUAGUGGCUUUAUUUGUCUUCAUCUUACUCUCCAGCACCCAAGUAGUAUAACAGUCCAGACAUAGAGAGAAUGAGAGGGAUUUAAAGAUUUGUACAUGAUUCUAUUAUCUAUAAUA